CUGAAAUCUAAGAUGAGUCAAUGUGAACACCCUUAUAUAAUUAAUAAAUUUAAUUUUAUACUUCCACAAAGUAUUUAUUACGGUUCAGAAAUUAUUUUAAACUGUUUAAGUGAAGUGUGAGUUGAAGCCCAAACCAGUAACUUCUUCUGCCAGUGCAGGUAUGCCCUGAGUUUUUAUUCAAGAUCUUCAUCCCAAUUAUAUUUUUAAGAGUGAGUGAGCUGAGGGGGGAUGAAAGCUUUUCCUCGAACCACCAGGAAUAUUUGUUCCUCCAGAUCAGAAAGUCACUCAGCUUCCUUCUGUGUGUGUCAAGCACAGCUCGGAUCAGCCUGUGCCCCAAGGAGGGAUUCUGAUUUAUUUUAAUUACAACUUGUUUCUGAGCACAAAUAGGUCUGAGCACAGUUUUGUCCUCGUGCAGCAGCUGCAGUUAAAUAUUAUUUCUGCUAGUAAAAUGCAACACCAGGAAUCUGAACAGACUCAGAUUUAACAAUUUGCAAAUUAACUUUUUUUUUUCCUUUUUCUGUUCUCUUCGGCCGGUGAGGCUGAGUUUCAGUGCAAACCACUGUCUGGAGAUGGUUAUCAGAUCCUAAAGGUCAGAGUCUCCUUUGGAGUAAAGGUGGAAAUAAAACAAAAUAAAACAAAAUUGACUGUCAGAAGAAAAAAAAAAAAAUCUUUGGCCGAUUCAGUGAGUUGAUGACUAAACUGGAGUCAUCCAGCAGCAGUGAGGAAGCCCCUGGAACUGCAGGAUGAUUGAGGAGAGUGGGAAGAGGAGGAGGACCAUGGCAGAGAAGAGGCAGCUGUUCAUGGAAAUGAGGGCUCAGAACUUCGAUGUCAUCCGGCUCUCCACGUACCGAACCGCCUGCAAGCUGCGCUUCGUGCAGAAACGCUGCAACCUUCACCUUGUUGAUAUCUGGAAUAUGAUUGAAGCCUUCCGAGAUAAUGGCCUUAACACUUUGGAUCAUAACACAGAGAUCAACGUGUCCCGGCUAGAAACAAUCAUUUCAUCCAUCUACUACCAGCUAAACAAACGCCUUCCUUCUACUCACCAGAUCAGUGUAGAGCAAUCCAUCAGCCUCCUCCUCAACUUCAUGGUAGCAGCAUAUGACAGCGAGGGCCACGGGAAGCUGACGGUGUUCUCAGUGAAAGCCAUGCUGGCCACCAUGUGUGGUGGGAAAAUCCUGGACAAACUCAGAUAUAUUUUCUCUCAGAUAUCAGAUUCCAACGGACUAAUGAUAUUUACCAAGUUUGACCAGUUUCUGAGGGAGGUUCUGAAGCUCCCCACGGCCGUGUUUGAGGGGCCUUCCUUCGGGUACACGGAGCAUUCCGUGAGGACCUGCUUCCCUCAGCAGAAAAAGAUCACGCUAAACAUGUUUUUGGACACGUUGAUGGCUGAUCCUCCCCCCCAGUGCCUUGUGUGGCUCCCUCUCAUGCACAGACUCGCCCAUGUUGAAAAUGUCUUCCACCCCGUGGAGUGCUCGUACUGCCACUGUGAGAGCAUGAUGGGAUUCCGGUACCGGUGCCAGCAGUGCCACAACUACCAGCUCUGCCAGAGCUGCUUCUGGCGAGGCCACGCCAGCGGCCCCCACAGCAACCAGCACCAGAUGAAGGAGCACUCCUCCUGGAAGUCCCCGGCGAAGAAGCUGAGCCACGCCAUCAGCAGGUCCCUGGGCUGUGUCCCCAGCAGGGAACCCCCCCGGCCCCUGUUCCCUGAGCAGCCAGAGAAGCCCCUGGACCUCGCCCACAUCGUGUUCCUUUUCUCUGUGCUGCUUCCGUGCUGUGCCUCCCCGACAGGAGGUCGUGGUUGGCACCGUGAUGCCUCUGGAAAACAAACUCCCUGUGCUGGCACCGCUGCCCUGGGGGAGGCCAGGAGUGGUGGGGUGGGCUGGGCCUGGCUGAGGGAAGGCAGUGGAGCCAAAGUCUUCCCUCUGCCACAGACCAGCAAGCUGGGGGAAUUCUCCCCUUUGCCAGGACUCCUGAAUUCAUUAACGGAUCAGACACAUGUCAGUCCCAGCAGGGCAGGGAAAGGGAAAGGCCAGAGCAGGUGUCUCACUCUGGGGGUUGUGCUGUAAUGCAGGAGCCACUGGAGGAGCUGCUUGAGAAGUGCCCCGAGUUUGCUUUGGGCUUCCAACUGGGAACAGGCAAUCCUCAGCUUCCCAACACGGGAUUGCCUUUUCCUUCUCAACCCAACAUUGCCUUUUGGGACUGGGACAGUGGGGACACAUCCCAACACCUUCUGCAGGGACUGGGACAGGGGGGACACAUCCAACACCUCCUGCAGGGACUGGGACAGUGGGGACAUGGCUGGACACCUCCUGCAGGGACUGGGACAGUGGGGACACAUCCAACACCUCCUGCAGGGACUGGGACAGUGG